UGGUGUGACGACAUUAAUCUGCGACAUCUUCCUCAACGACCUGAAGCCGUUCGUAUGAAGUUAGCAAGCAAGCUACUGUUUUCUGUUGUUAUUGUGCAUGUUGAUCGGCAAACUGGACCGUUCUCUCGUCUCAAAUCAGUCUCAGCCACAUGAUGAUUGACACGGAGAGGGGGGCCAGUGAUGCUGGUACAGCAGAGGCCAGCAGUAAGAUCAAGGAGAUGGAAAAAAAGAAGAGGUCUCGAGUCAAACAGCUGCUGUGUGACGUGAAGAAGCAAGUGGAGUUCUGGUUCGGAGAUGUCAACCUCCACAAGGACCGCUUUCUGAGAAAACUCAUCGAUGACUCUGAAGAUGGAUAUGUUGAUAUAUCUGUGCUGGCGGACUUCAAUCGAAUGAAGAAGCUGACAACUGACACCAAGCUGAUUGCGAGAGCACUGAGAAAUUCAUCUUUAGUUGAGGUUAACCUAGAGGGAAAUAAAUUAAGGCGUCAGCAUCCAAUUGGAGAUGUGCCAGAUAACGUCGACAGCCGCACAGUCUAUGUGGAACUUUUGCCCAAGGAUGUGACGCACAGCUGGAUAGAGAGAGUGUUCUCAAAAUGCGGGAAUGUGGUUUAUGUCAGCAUCCCCAGAUACAAGUCUACUAAUGACUCCAAGGGUUUUGCCUUCGUAGAGUUUGAGAAAAUAAAGGAAGCACAGAAAGCCAUAGAGAUGCUGAACAACCCCCCUGAAGAUGCUCCCAGGAAGCCGGGGAUUUUCCCCAAGACAAAAAGCAGAAAACCCAUUCCUCUGCCAAGCGAUAAUCCACCAUCAGGUGAAGAAGAGGAAAAGAAAAAACGAAAGAAGAAGAAAAAGAAGGAAGGCGCAACUGUGCAGGCUCCUGCUGAAGAAGCCAGUGAGCAGGUGAUAGAAGCAGAACCGUCGGAGCAGAAGAGGAAGCGCUCAGCAGCGGUGGAGUUUGACCCGGAGGUCGACACCACUGAGAAGACACCUGGCAAAGUGUCAGAGAAAAAAAGGCGUCGGUCACAUACGGCAGAGGGGUCCGAAAGUGAUGUGCCAUCUAAAAUAAGGAAAACUAGUGAGAGUGGGCGAAAGGGAGAGGAUGAAACAGAGACGAAUCCACCUGCUCAAAGCGACACAGAGAGAGGUGUUGAGGAUGGUAAAGAAAAUGGAGAUGAUUCAACCAUUAAAGCAAAGAGGAAGAGAAAAAAGAAACACAAGGAGAAACUGAAAAUAGGGGAAGAGGUCAUCCCACUGCGAGUUCUUUCAAAGAUGGAGUGGCUUCAGUUGAAGGAGGAGUAUAUGACCUUGCAGAAGCGGAGUAUGACGUCCCUGAAGAAGUGCAUUAAUAAGAUUGAUCACAGGGAGCACAAGAUUAAAAUGGAGACGGAAAAUUAUCCUCAAGAAGAAAUCAUAGAAAUGAAGGAGAAAAGUGAGAAACCAGCCAACACAGGCCCUCAGUUCACCAGUGGUGUCAUCAUGAAGAUUACAGACAACAAGCCGCUUCCAGCGAGGAAGUUCAUCAAAGAGGCUCUGUGCAAAAAAUCACCGGUGGCGUACAUCGACAUCUUGGAUGGAGAUGCUGAGGGUUACAUCCGCUUUCACACCCCAGAGGACGCGAAAGUCGUCAGUGACGCUCGAGCAGAGCUACAGAAGGAGCACAGCUGGAAGCUUGAGAUUCUCUCAGGUGAUCACGAGCAAAGGUACUGGCAGAAAAUCCUCGUAGACCGCCAAGUCAAGCUGAAUCGUCCAAGGGAGAAGAAGCGGGGCACAGAGAAGCUCAUAUCCAAAGCCGAAAAGAUCAUCAUCGCCCGGGCCAAGGAGGCCCAUAAACACAUCCGCUUCCAAGACGACUGACAGCGACGGAGAACUUAUGUUCAACUGUGUGGACUCUGACUGAAGGGGGACCGUCUGUGUUCAUUUGUACUCAGCUGGAAGAGAACUGAAAAGAAACAUGUAAAGUGUAAAAUAAUUAGGAAUGUCCCUUCGUUUUUCUUUUGCACUGGAGUCCCCGAGAUAAUCUGGAACGCUGCUAUGCAUUUAGACAUUUUGGCGACAGUUUUUUUUUUUUUUUUUUUUUUUUAAAUCGACAACCUUUUUAGUUUUUUAAAAAAUGAUUCUCUUUAUGAUGUAAAUAAGAUUGAUUUCAAAGUUCUCCCAGUCAAGAUGUGGACAAGUCAUGGAAUUUACCAUUUGAGGGUAUUUCCCUUUUUGUUGUUGUUGUUGUUGUUGUUGUUUUUUGUUUUUUUUGUUUUUUUUUUUUAAAUAAAAUGUCAUUAUUUGAUA